AUGGGCGCGCAGGAGAGUGUGCGCGACGCAGGAAGAUCUGGCUGCCGAGGAGAGUUGUUGCAGUGUCGCCGUGGUUCGGUCGAGGGGCUUGGCGGGGUAGAAGGACUCGGUCGAGCCGAGGGCGAGAGCUUUUCUGUGUCGUCGCAUCCCAGCCGGCACCCUCGGCUCAGCGAAUCCGUCGUGCAGGGCGCGGUCGUGGUCGUGGCGAGGUCGUCGCGUGCUUCUCGGAUCAGAUCGGCCUCAUCCGUAGUCGUUGCGUCCCCAAGACUCCGUGCCGGGCAUGGUUCCUCAUGGACAGAGGCGCAGCAGAGGAGCACGGAAGGGAAUCCUCCACGACACGACGGGCUGGGAGCGGGACACUGA